AAUCCGUUUCGCGCGUCCUCUGCCAGUGACUCGUGGAACUGACAUCAAAGAGUCGCGGUCAAAAAAGGCCAAAGAAGCCUUACCGCUCUUACCGGGCGUGCGGCGGUGUCCUUUACCAACCUUCCAACGGAGACGAAACGAAUCGGAACUUACCCUCACUGACAUCUCCAACGGCAACCUAGUCUUGUCAAUGUCGUUGGGCUUGAGGGCCAGACUCGUUGCAGCAUCCACUCCAAUUCGCGUUGUGCCUGUUCUUACUGCGACGCAACCGGUAUCCUUCUCCUUCACGACUUCUGCCGCGGCGUUGGCUCAGAAGAUCGUAAUCCGAUCGCAACCCGGUCUAGGUCUCUUUCCUCAAAGCGGUGGAAGUGCCUUUCGCAGGUUCAACGGGGCACCGCGCUCGUGCGUCCGGACCCUCUCCUCCUUCCGCAACAUGGCGGCCAACAGUUACCCACGCCAGGACGCCCCAAUGCCGGGAAUACUGCCCGCCCUGCGCAGAGAGCCGUCCGAGCACCAGCAGCUUAUCCACGAAGAGGAUGGGACGACCUGGGAAGACGUGUCUGGUUCCGGGAAUGGUUUGUCGGAAGCUGAGGCCGCACGGUUGGCACAAGCAAGUGGAAGCGACCUGAUUGAAACGGUGCUGCUAUUUCCGACUUAUGCGCGUCUAUCGCUGACGAAGAAGCAGGCUGAGAAGGCUGCAAAGAUGGGUCAAGCUGCUGCUGCAGUGCCUGCGACACCGCCCGCCACCGCUGCCGGCAGGGUGACCUCAUAUUUCAGCCGGUGGGGUAGCGGGACCACAUCGGCGUCUUCCGCUGCGCCAGCUGCGCGGGAGCCAUCACCAGGCGCUGACUUGGCGGGCGGAAGUGCUGUUGCAGAGCGAGAAGCAUCACCUAUAGAUGCAUCUGAAGCUGCAACUUCACUCAAGCCACCCGGUCCAAUUGAAAUUGAGGGGUCUAAAGACAGGCACUGGCUGGUCAACGUCAAAGGAUGGGUGUAUGGAACGAGGGAGCAGAGCAAACGACGAAAGAUUUUACUGAGUAUCUCCCGAAGACUCUUAGCCUCUGCUACGGUUGACGCUGCUUCCGGCACGCGUUACGACGAACGAGCGGGGCUCUUCCUUGCAACAUCGCUGCAAGGGGUCAAAAUUCGAGUCGCUGUCUCCGGGCUAACACCCAACACGAGCCUCAUUGGCAUACCAGCCGAGCGGAAACCGCGUGAGCGACCGCAUUCCAGAGGAGACACCCCUGAACCGGAUACCAGCAGCUUCGAUUAUGAUCAACUGGCAAAGACCGAAGCCGGGAUCGACCUGGUCACCGACGCAAGUGGCUUCUUCUCGGGGACGAUUCAACUCCCGAAAAGCUUUGUGGAUAAGUGGCGGGAAGAAAACGCACAGCCGUGGGUAGACCAUAACUCGGUGCAGAUCGUUGCUUUCAAACCCGGGGAGCCUGAAACAUUAAACACCGUGGGCCAGGUGGAACUCAUCUCCCCAGAAGGCGUGUCAAUCAUCUCCGACGUCGACGAUACCAUCAAAGAAUCACUGGUACAUGAAGGCAAGAUGGCCGCCAUCAACGCGGCGCUGUUUGCCGAGGCCCGUGAAGUCCCUGGGAUGGCCGACGCGUACAACUACCUCCGUGCGCGCAACGUCAGCAUGCAUUAUGUGAGCGCUGGGCCGUACCAGCUGUAUCCGAUGCUUUCGGCGUUCUUGAAGACGAGCAGGUUUCCGUUGGGCUCGCUGAAUUUGAGGAAUGUCUGGGAGAGGGAGAAUAUGAGCUCCAAGACGUAUAAGAUCAAGAUCAUCACUAGGAUUUUUCAAGACUUCCCAGAUCGAAAGUUUCUUCUGCUAGGUGAUUCCGGCGAACGGGACAUCGAGACCUACACCAGCCUCUUCAGCUUAUUCCCUUCCCAAAUCGUCAAAGUAUUCAUCCGGGACGUGACAUCCCACAAAUUCCCACCAAAACCUCCACCACGAUCAGACACGCCGCCCCUGCCGCCGCCAAUGGAUGCAGGCAACUUUUCAGAUCCAGAACCGACUCGGAGACCAGCAUCUCCCGCAAAAGGUCUUCCGCCAAAAACCUCCCCAGUCUCCUCAUCCCUGCCGCUAGGCUCCACCAAAAACAUUAUAUCCGCCUCCUCCGACACCGAAACCACCGCCCCAACCCCAUCCCGCUUCUCUAUGCCCCGCAUCCGCAGCUUCCCACUCCGCAGCCGGGAAGCCCCGCCUGAGGUUAUCGACCCACUGGAAGCCGAGCUCGGGCCCGCGCCUAACCCGCUGGUGUUGCGCGCGCGCAUGGCGUUUGCGGCGAUGAAGAAGGACGCCUGGGCGUUGUUCACACUACCGGAGGUUAUUUUCACGGACAAGGUGGUGAUGGACGCGCUGAACAAGGUGGCGGAGAGAACCGAGCGGGUGGAGAAUGGGAUUGCCGGGUCGGACACGGAUGAGGAGGAGCGGAGUGGGAGCAGCAGUCCCGUUGUGCCUAGGCCGGGCCGUGUUGCUGCUGCUGCCGGAUCCCCGCUGCGGAACUCGCAUGUUUACUCGGAGGAGGAGGCUGUUUUGAGCACGCAGGAUGCCUCUGCUGUUGGACAACCCCAGACGAAGGACGAUGCGAUGCAGACGGUGGCUAUCGAUGACACAACCCUUUCGCACGACCAGCCUGCCCAGCCACAAAUCCCGCCACGUCCCGAGGCAUAGAUCAGAAUAGACCCCAUCGCUAUCUCCCGCCAAACGUUUCGUUCAUUGCGAGUCAUUCGCUUACACUUAGAGAGAGACACGAUAGUUGUCUUGCAACAUUUUACCAUACUGUAUAUAUUUUGUUCACCAAUGCAACUGGCAGA